ACCUGUCACUUUCCCCUGCUGGGAGCCAUGGCUGCAGACAGCCCUGUACAGAGGCUCCAGGAUGAAGCCUCUUGUUCCAUCUGUCUGGAGUAUUUCAAAGACCCGGUAUCUAUCCACUGUGGGCACAACUUCUGCCGGGCCUGCAUCACCAACUACUGGGAGGAAUCGGAUACCAACUUCUCCUGCCCCCAGUGCAGAGAAACUGCCCAGCAGAGAAACUUCAGACCCAACAGGGAGCUGGCGAAAAUUAUCGAAAUAGCCAAGCGGCUGAGCUUACAGGCAGCCAAAGGCUCAGGAGGCGAGCGAGUGUGUGAGAAACACCAGGAAACCCUGAAGCUGUUCUGCGAGGAGGAUCAAGCCCCCAUCUGUGUGAUCUGCCGAGAGUCCCAGGCUCACAGAGCUCAUAUGGUGGUUCCCAUAGAGGAGGCUACCCAGGAGUACAAGGAAAAAAUUCAGAUCCAAUUACAGAUUCUGAAGGAAGAGAGAGAAAAACUGAUGGGAUUGAAACUGACCAAAGAGGCAAGAAUCUGGGAGCAUCUGGAGCAGGUAGAAACAGAGAGGCUGAAGAUUCUGUCUGAAUUUGAGCAGCUGCGGCAGUUCCUGGAGGAACAAGAGCGACUUCUGCUGGCCCGAUUGGAAGAGCUGGACAAGGAGAUUGAGAAGAGAAGGGAUGAGAACAUUGCCAAACUCUUGGAGGAGAUUUCCUGUCUAAAUGACAUGAUCAGCGAGCUAGAGGGGAAGUGCCAGCAGCCAGCCAGUGAAUUCCUGCAGGAUGUCCGAAGCACCUUGAGCAGGUGUGAGCUGGGGAAGGUCCCGCAACCGGAGGAGGUUUCUCCUGAGCCAGAGAAAACCCCCAGCAGCAUCUCUCAUAAAUCUAUUGCUCUAAAGGAGACUCUAAGGAAAUUCCAAGUGGAUGUGACUCUGGAUCCAGACACGGCUCAUCCUCGCCUCGUCCUGUCUGAGGAUGGGAAAAGCGUGAGAUGGGAAGACACGCGCCAGCAUGUGCCCGACAAUCCCAAGAGAUUUGAUUCUUCUCGUUGCGUGCUAAGCCUGGAGGGCUUCUCCUCGGGGAGGCAUUACUGGGAGGUGGAGGUGGAGGAUGGGGGAGCCUGGGCUGUAGGGGUGGCCAGAGAGUCUGUGAGGAGGAAGGGACGGGUCAAUGUUAACCCAGAGGAGGGCAUCUGGGCGGUGGGUCAGUGUGGGACUCAGUACCUGGCUCUCACCUCCCCCAAGAUCCCCCUCUCCCUUGCUGAACGGCCCAGAACGAUCGGGAUUUAUCUGGACUGCGAAGAGGGGCGGGUGGCAUUUUUUGAUGCUGAUAAUGAGGGCCCAAUAUUCACUUUCCCACCGGCCUCUGUCCCUGCAGAAAAAAUCCUCCCUUUACUGUGUUUGGGGAGAGCAUCCCAGUUCAGACUGUGUCCCUGCAUCACAGGGUAUAAUGUAGAGCCUUAGAAAUACACAUGGUUAGCCUCACAGAGCCCAGUUUGUCCUGGAGGCCAAAGGGUAUUUGUGCAUGUCAAACCCAAGAGAAAGGGAAAAGGCAUUGACCUGUCUGUGUGUCCCAACACUGAUUCUGCAGGAUUCUAGCAGUUUGCAGGGGCCUAGACUGGGACGGGGGCAACCAGAACCAGAAAUGGGGCAUUGGAGAAGGGUAAUUGGGUAGGGGGGAACGGGGAGGAGGUGGAUACUGGAGAAGUGGACCUGAAAGGGUGGGAGCUAAUUAAUAAUCUCCAGUUUUGAAUGGGAUUUUACAGGUGCAUUUUUUAAAAAAGCAAAUGGAUUCUAUGUUCUUAUGAUCCAUGGAAUAAUUGUA